GCUAGAGACCCAGACAGACAGGUCCAAUCAGCCCCAGCCGCAAGAUUGAUCUGGCGCGCACCACUGGCGGAUGUUCCACUGCUUUCAAGCGCUGUCGGGCUCAGGGGCGACGCAACACACCUCGGGUUGGCCCCUGCGUGUUACGGAAGCUGCUGGGUGCUACAGCAGGCGCCACCACGAGCUACUACACAUAAACGCCCCUUCUCCCGUGCCGAGUCCGGCACGAGGUAAGUCAGGAACAUGAGACUGCAAAGAUAACUACAGGUAGACAGAGAGACCUUUCGUCCCUCCUCUCAAGUCCAGCCUGAUGGCCCACAGCUGUCGGUUGCGAUUGUGGAAUAGUAAGGUUCGCCCGUCAGCAGGGGGAAAAAGCCGCCAUUUGCCUCGAUAAAAUGCUCAGAUCGACAACACUAUCUGUGAUAUUGCCAAGUCAUCCCAGUAAAGCCCGCCAAGAGAUGUUGGGCCUGGAGAUCCGAACCCCUGAAAAGCCAAUGGCAUGUCGCGGAUCGGCAAACCAAGAUAGGCGGCCUGAGCCGCACCAGCCCAGCACGGGAUAGUGAUCGUUUGGCAGACGUCAAAUGAACGCCAAUGGUGCCAUCAAAUAAGUGCUCUGGCACUACUGGACAAUUCCUUUUUUCUCUUCCCAGUCUAUCCCACCUCGAGUUUGUCGGUGGCUUUUACGCCAAGACGGAAAUCUUGGUUGUCUCAUGAGACAGCACACCCGCGCAAUUCCCCAGGUCGGGCCUUUCGGGCAACACCAUGUACGGUACAGAAUACUUCCCCGAGAGAUAACGGGUCAAUGCAUCCGAGCCCAGCCGCCAACUGCAGCCAGCAUCCGGCUUGGGUCUGCCGACACUUCAGCAGCCAUCGAGAUCCUUGGACCUUCCGUUUGUAUUCUGGCCUGUCCGAAAGAGGAAGCGAAGGUGCUAUGCCGGACAGACUCAUCCGGGAGACAGGAUCAUCAGCACUGGGAGCGGUGACUUGGUGAGGGUGAUGGCAUCGGCGUUUCCUUGAUCCAAGGCUGCCUGUUGACGAUGAUCUCGAUAGCUGAGAUCUGUUUGCUCCAGGGGUUCGAGGAAUGGGGCCCGCAACGGCGUGGGUGGGCAUACACAGCAUUAGUCCGGAGGUGUGUCUUGACCAAUGUUAUUGCUGGCGUUAUUCCGAUGGGCAGAGAAGGACCGCCAUUGACGUACUUGCUGGGUGUGAUGGUAUAUAUGUUCAUCCUUUGAUCAUGCCGAGCUUUUCGCGCCGAGAAUUCUUCACUUCGUCUGCUGCAUUGUAUUACCAAGACGACUCUUGAAGAACCAUAGGUCCUGCAGCAGAAAGCCUUUUUGUCUGAGCCGCCGAAACACGGAAGCCAAAGCUGCCCAUGGACGCCUCCAGCUCACCAGCAAGACCCAAGAUGCUCCCUCGACUCCCGAGGUCGCUACCAAGCUCACACUCGAUAGCGUCCACCUUUAGUCCGGGGAGCUCGACACCAGGAUCAUGGACAGUGAGCCCGUGGAAUCGAGAUACACCAGACACCUCGCCUCCCAGCUCCGACGCUGGCUCUCCUAAGCUCCAGGCCAAACAAGCAGAUGAUAGUGGGAGGAUCUCUCCGGUAGAGGGCUCACUCGACGGGCAGCCGCGUUUUGGGGUCGUACGCAGUAUCUGCUUCGUCGGCGCUGGUUUCGUCGGAGGACCGACGGCUGCUGUCAUUGCCUACCACAACCCACAGAUCCAGGUCAAUGUCGUCGACCUUAACGAGGAACGAAUCAAGUCGUGGAACUCGGCCCAUCUUCCCAUCCACGAGGAUGGCCUGCUCAAAGUGGUACGAACGGCACGAGACGGCGCGCUGAACAAGACACUGGUACUGCCCGGACUGCCCAGGGCUAUCGAAUUAAAGCAACGGCAGCCCAACUUGGUAUUCUCGACCCGUGUGGUGGACGCUAUCGAGGAAGCCGACAUCAUUUUCAUUUGCGUCAACACACCCACAAAAACACACGGUAUUGGCGCGGGUUCCAUGGCUGAUGUGAGCGCGAUUGAAAGCGCAACGCGGACUGUGGCCAAGCAUGCCAAGGAAGGAGCCAUCAUUGUUGAGAAGAGUACUGUUCCAUGUGGAACAGCACAGAUGAUCCAGGAUAUUCUUCGAUACUACCGGCCAGAUGUCGAGUUUGAGGUGCUCUCCAACCCGGAAUUCCUAGCCGAGGGCACGGCUGUGGAAAACCUCAUGCACCCUGACCGAAUUCUUAUCGGUAGUGCCCAGACACUUGCAGGUCUCCGUGCUGCCACCGUUGUCAAGGACGUGUAUGGAGCUUGGGUGCCUGCGGCUCGCAUCGUGACUGUCAACACCUUCAGCAGUGAGCUGGCCAAGCUUGUGGCAAACACCAUGCUUGCUCAGCGUAUCAGCAGUGUCAAUGCAGUCAGCGCCAUGUGCGAGGAGCUUGGGCUUGGAGCAGACGUCGAAGACGUCAGCCUCGCCAUCGGAAAGGACGCACGACUGGGUUCCAAAUUCCUCCAGGCUGGCGUGGGAUUUGGGGGCUCCUGCUUCGAAAAGGAUAUCCUCAACUUGGCCUAUCUUGCAAGGGAGCUCCAUCUUGAUGUGGUGGCCGACUACUGGCUUGCUGUGCUGAGAAUGAAUGAAGACCAACGGCGGCGCUAUGCUCGCAAUGUUGUGCGCGAGCUCAACGGGUCACUUCGAGGGAAGAAGAUUGCCAUCCUAGGAUUCGCCUUCAAGGAUGGUACUAAUGACACGCGCAACAGCAUUGCUGUUCACGUCAUCAAAGAUCUGGCCAUGGAGAUGCCGCGCGAGAUUGCCAUCUUCGAUCCCGGCUGUGCGUCGGCCGAGAUCCGUGAAGAGGUCGAGAAGGCGGGCUUGACCGCAAGCCAGCUCGAGCGCAUCAAGAUCUUGACCAACUGGAGGGAUUGCGUCCAGGAAGCAAGUGCCGUGUGUAUCCUGACACAGUGGAAACAAUUCCGGGGCCGCAAGCUUGGCUCGGCCACGUCUAGCAACAAGAAGGCACGGAAACUGGCAGCUGACUGGGCGACAAGCUGUGUGGCAGACAAAGCUGAUAUCAGCGAAAUGGACAUCUUGGCACUGGAGGAGCUCAUGAGAGACAAGUCGUCGGCGACUACCGGUGAUGACCCAUUGGAAAGACUGGCACCGCUUACGCCCUGUCCCGAAGAGUGUUCACAUUGCCGCAUCGGGAGCGCAGAGGCUCAUGAUCAGGAGCCAGUGGACUGGGCCGAGGUGGCCGGCAUGAUGCAGGAGCCGCGCUGGGUGUUCGAUGGGCGGAAUGUGGUGAACAGGCUGGAGCUCCAGAGUCUUGGUUUUAGAGUGAGGGGUAUCGGAAAGGGUUUUUGAGGAUGGAAAAUGGGUAAUGGUAGAUUUCAGGACGGGAGUUUGGCGUCAUCCCCAUGUUGUAAUUGCGUAUGAAUUCUUCUUGUAUAUCGGGCUUUUAAUCGGUUUUGGUUGUUGAAAUUGAAGGAUAGGUUCCGGAUUUGCGAUGGCAGCUUUGGGUGCAGGGUUCAGGGUGCAGGUGAUGUCAGGUUAGAGUUGAAUUGGGGUAGGCUGUUAGUGCAAUACUGAGCUGUUCGCUUAAAUUAGUGCCGUGGGUUG